AUGAAUCAUUGUUGCACCAAAUAGAAGAUAUGGUCUUAUAAAAUUAGAGUAAUCAUCUUCAAAAAUCUCAGUGAGACAACCCAACACAACCAACCCUAUUGCUCUAAACCCUCUGCAAUGGCGAAAAACCAACCUCCACUUUCUGUCAAAGACGCCGUCUACAGAAUCCAACUCUCCCUUCUCCAAGGCGUUGCCAAUGAGAACCAGCUUUCCACUGCUGGCUCCGUCAUCUCCCGCUCCGACUACAACGACGUCGUUACCGAGCGAGCUCUCGCUAACCUCUGCGGUAACCCUCUUUGCUCCAAACCCCUUCCUUCCGAUCGACCUCGUAAGAGUCGUUACCGUAUCUCACUCAAGGAGCACAAGGUCUAUGAUCUCCAGGAGACUUAUAUGUAUUGCUCCUCCGAUUGUGUGGUCAAUAGCGGUACCUUUGGUAGGAGUUUGAACGAAGAAAGGUGUUCGAUUUUGGAUUCUUCCAAGAUUGAUGCGGUUUUGGCGUUGAUUGGGGAUUCGAGUUCGAAAAAUGAAGUGGGUUUAGGUAAAGAUGGGGAUUUGGGUUUUUCUAAGCUAACGAUUAAGGAGAAUACAGAAACCCACGAUGGGAAAUUGAAUUUGGAGGAUUGGGCUGGUCCUUCUAAUGCGAUUGAAGGUUAUGUACCGCAGAGAGAACGGAAUUUCAAGUCGGUGGGUUCGAAAAUUUCCAAGAAAGGGUCUAAAGCUAAAAAUCCGGUUCUUAUCAAUGACAUGGAGUUCUCGAGUACUCUUUUCACAGAAGUUGAAUAUACCGUGUCCAAAACACCAUUGAGCUCAAAAAAUACCGGUUUUGAUAUUCAACUAAAAGAACCACAAGAAAAGUUGGGGAAGAAGACUGAAAAUCAGUUUACUUUAUUGGACACAUCGUUUAAUCCCAUGAGCAGUGAUUUAGAAACGAAAACCAAACAAAUGGAAGUGGGGAGUUGUAAAGCUGUUUCAAGAGAUGAGCUUGGUAUUCAGGAGAUGCCUUCAACUUCAGCGUCUUCCCAACUUGGCUCGCAUUCAAGCUCUGAAAAAGUAGGAGAGGUAUCUCAUAAAGUGACUGGAGCUACUCUUAAAUCGUCUCUAAAAGCUUCUCGGAAAAACAAACUUAGUCGCUCUGUUACAUGGGCUGAUGAGAAAUCUGAUAGCUGCGGGAAAAGUAAUCUUUGCGAGGUUAGAGAAAUUGAAGAUAAAAAAGAAGCUACUUCUAUAUUAGGCAAGAAAGGCAAAGUUCCUCUUAAACCUUCGGGGUCACUGAAAGCUGGUACCUCCAUGUCUUGGGCUGGUGAAAAUUGUGAUACCAAAGUGUGUAAAGAUGCUUAUGAGGUUAGAGAAAUAAAAGAUUUGAAUCAAACUUCUGAUAUGCUUAGUAUGGACAUUGGAGAUGGUGACGUGUUGCGCCUUGCAUCAGCAGAGGCUUGUGUAAAUGCAUUGAAUGAGGCAUCAGAAGCUGUUUCCGCUGGAGAAUUUGAAGUCAGUGAUGCAAUGUCUGAAGCUGGAAUUAUUAUAUUACCUCAUCCAGAGGAUGCAAAUGGAGGAGUGUCUUUGGAGGACAAAGAUACAUCUGAACCAGAAAAAGCUCCUUCGAAAUGGCCAAAAAAACCCGUAAAUCAGCAUUCUGAUGUGUUUAAUCGCGAGGAUUCUUGGUUUGAUACGCCACCUGAGGGGUUUAGUUUAACAUUAUCACAUUUUGCACAAAUGUGGAAUGCACUAUUUACAUGGACGACAUCAUCCACUUUGGCUUAUAUAUAUGGAAGGGACGAAAGUGUUCAUGAGGAGUAUUUAUCAGUUAACGGAAAGGAGUAUCCUCAAAAGAUUGCCUUAGGAGAUGGUCGUUCUUCUGAAAUCAAGCAAACUCUUGCUGGUUCUCUUGCUCGAGCCUUACCUGGACUUGUUGCUGACCUCAGGCUGCCAGUUCCAGUGUCUAGUUUGGAGCAAGGAAUGGGGCGUUUAUUGGAAACAAUGUCUUUUGUUGAUGCACUGCCACCAUUCAGAAUAAAGCAAUGGCAAGUAAUUGUCCUUCUCCUCAUUGAGGCUCUCUCUGUCUUUAGACUUCCUGCACUUACACCACACAUGACAAAUCAAAGGGUGUUGUUCCAUAAGGUACUGGAUGGUGCCCAAAUUAGUGCUGCAGAGUACGAGAUUAUGAAGGAUUUGAUGCUACCGCUUGGCGGAACUCCCCAUUUCUCAGAUCAGAACGGGGUGCUUAACGAAAGAACUUAGCCCAUCUUCAUGAACUCCACAACUCCCAAAAUCAUUUCUGGUAACUUCUGGUUUUGGGUUUUUAUAAGAUAAUCUUGGAAGUAAAUAUGGAAGAUUUUGCUGCUGAAAAAAUUGGGCAGAUUUUUUUAUACUUGUAAACUGAAGAUAGUUUACAACUACAGAACUACCCUAGUGAGGUCUCAUAGAGAUUUCAUGCAAGUGCCAUGUGACAUCUUUGUAUGAAAUUUUGGCUGUGAAUAUUUGACUUUGUUAUGAUGAUGUUGCUCAAACCUUCAUGAAUCAUGACUAGGAGCUUUGUUGGGUAUCAUCUUUAAAAAAGAAAAAAAAGGAACCCUUCAAAUGUGUGUGGGACCCUAAGUCAAGUGCCUCAUGGUCCAAUCAUGGCAGUUGUUUGAUGAGACCUUCAUACCUUCUCUACUAAAAAGGAUUAUUCGUUCAAACCUUUAUUUAAUUGAAGUGGGGUUGGAUUUCAUUGCCCUCAAUUGAUAGACCACCUGCCUUCUUAUUUUUGUUUUUAUAAUAUUUAAUUUUAUUAUUAUUAUUUUUUUUCUUCUUUGUCUGUUUGGUUAAAGACAUUAGGAUUGGUUUAAUAUGGUCUGUACUUGUCCUGUGUCUGGUUUGGUUUGGUCUCACUUCUUAAUGAGUCAGCCGAAGCCUAUAACCACACCAUUGACUAUGUGAGGCUAUGACUUUAGUAGGGAUUGGGAUUUUGGACCAUCAAUCACAUGUAUUAUUCAUUCAGGGGUAGAAUCGUAAUUCCACUGCUCCUCUUAAUUGGCCAUUAAGCUGCCACCAAAUGUCACUCAUAAAAAUAUUACAACUCAUUCAUUUGUCAAUUUCUUUAACCCAUUUUUCUUUGUGCAGGAAAUUAUUUAAGCUGGAUGUUAAUCAUCUUAUAGUCUCCCUUUCAAAAUAAAUAAAUAAAAGAAAUCAUGUUAUAUA